AUGUUCGCAAAAAUUGAAUCUGAGCGACUGAGGUUUGUACUCUUGAACCAGAAGAAAUUACGUGUUAAAGAGUAUGUUCAUCUCAAGGAUGCCCUAAACAGAGACGGGAGUGUUAAUGAUAUUGGUAAAAUGGUAAUUUUACCUUCUACAUUUACUGGUGGUCUACGCUACAUGCAUGAACGAACUCAAGAUGCGAUGACAUAUGUUAGAAAUUACGGGAAGCCUGAUUUGUUUAUUACAUUUACCUGUAAUCCACAGUGGCAGGAGGUUACCAAUGAAGUAAUGCCUAGGCAGAGAAGUCACGAUCGACAUGAUUUGCUAGCAAGAGUUUUCCAUCUUAAACUAAAAGCUCUUAUGAUUCUCAUCAACAAAAGAAAAGUAUUUGUCUCUGUUCAAUGUUUUAUGUACACAAUAGAGUGGCAAAAACGUGGUCUUCCACAUACUCAUAUUUUAAUUUGGCUGUAUGAAAAAAUCCAUGUUCAUAGCAUAGAUAAUGUAAUAAGUGCAGAAAUAGCAGAUCCAGAAAUUAAUCCAGUUUUGCAUGAUGUUAUUAAGACACAAAUGAUAUAUGGCCCUUGUGGGAUCCUGAAUCAACAGUCUCCUUGCAUGAAAGAUGGAAAAUGUACAAAGAGGUACCCUCGAAGUUUUUUGAAAGAAACACAAACAGGGGAAGAUGGAUAUCCCCUGUAUCGUCGACAGAGUCCAAAGGAUGGCGGUUAUACGACAGUUAAAAAAGUACGGAGUUCUGAUAUUGUUAUUGAUAAUAGAUGGGUAUACUAA